GCUGCAAUGGAAAAAUAUUCCAAGCCAGAGGACAAGCCAUCAUUGGAAAGUAAGUCAGAAGUGGAAAUGAGUGAAAAAGAGUCUGAACGAAAUGCAAACUUUGCUAAGGAAGAGAAAACAUCAGGAAAUAAUGAAAAAGAUAAAAAUGACGGCAGUCAGAAUGAGCGUCUUGGAGAAUGUGAUAGUGAAAAGAGAAUGGACAAAAGUGAAAAUUCUGAGAAUAAUGUGGGAUCUCAUUCCGCUCAAAAACAAGCCAAAGGUAUGUCAACAACUUUGUUAUAAGCUGUCGUGGUUUGGGUUUGAACCGCAUGAGAGUUUUCUCAAUGAUGCGUGUUUUGCGCAGAAAAGUGUUCAAAACCUAAAAUCUUUUUGGCGUUUCUCUCAAAAUUACUUUGUUUUAGCUUUAUUUUGAAGUUUGUACAGUUAGCAACAGUAGGUAAUCCCCACACAUCCAGCGGAAUUUUCCCGCCAAAUGACGUCAUCAAGAGGACGGAAGGUAUAUUGAAAUAUAAACUUGGGCUUGAAAAAGCUUCUAUAGGCUAACUGUAGUCCUCACUAUUGACACAUUCUGAGUCGAUCAACAAGUACUUUAAGUAUUAUAAAUAGCUUCUAUUAUAUAUUUUUAAAAUAGCAUUAUUUUCAUAUUUUGUAUGUAUGAUAUAAAUUUACAGCAAAUAAUAAAUAGAAGUUGAGCUUAAAUUCACUAUAAAACACAGUGUAAAUAUCUCUCCAUUUAAAAGCGCUAAGACUUUCCUUGAUAGUGCUGCAAAUUUGGCAAAACCUUUGCUGACACGUUUUCUAAUUUUAGAAGGAUAUUGCUGAAAUAUAGAGUCAAAACCAUAGAUAUAGGAGAUCUAGAUUGCUAACGCAUACCUAGCGCAGGCGGGGCCUACAUGAUAAAUCCAAGAUGGCGGUACAAGAGGGCAAAAAGACUAUAGAUUCUAUUACGAAAAUCAAUAUUUUUGCAUUUUUUGCCGUCGCAUUGUUUUGAAACUUAUUCGGUCAAAUUUUAUGGUAAAGAGAAACGUAGCGCGAAGAUUUUGAGCAUAUAUAUGAUUGAAUUGGAUGAAAACUCGCAAAAUUAUCCAGCGAUAAAAGUUCUUGUGAAAUGGUCAGUUGGUUAGUUGGAACGUUUUAUUGCCAGAAAUACUGUGCUAUGUUAACAUCUAGUCUUGUGAAUGGUGUUUUAUACUUGCAUCUUUCAUCAUCAUCUGCUCUGUCCUCAUAAUUAUGAAAUAUGAACUGUUAUGUACCCCCACCCCCUACUUGCUUGUUAGAGAAGUAAACUGAUGAGAGCACUGGAUAAAGGUCUAUCAUCUAUGGUCUGUUAUAAUUUGCUUUCUAUGCAAAUAGUGAGCAAAAAUUAAAGCAAAACUGUACAAGUUACAUAUAUAGUACUAUAUCAGUACUAUACACGAACUUUUAUCGCUGGAUAAUUUUGCGAGUUUUCAUCCAAUUCAAUCAUAAAUAUGCUCAAAAUCUUCGCGGUAAGUUUCUCUUUACCAUACAAUUUGACCGAAUAAGUUUCAAAACAAUGCGACGGCAAAAAAUGCAAAAAUAUUGAUUUUCGUAAUAGAAUCUAUAGUCUUUUUGCCCUCUUGUACCGCCAUCUUGGAUUUAUCAUGUAGGCCCCGCCUGCGCUAGGUAUGCGUUAGCAAUCUAGAUCUCCUAUAUCUAUGGUCAAAACCCGCCGCCAUCUUGAAAAUAUCGAGAGCGGUGACGUCACAACUUCCUCUGAUCUAUAUACAGGAUAUUAGACGGUUGCGAAGAGAUAUGGAUUUUAUGUUCGAGUGACAAAUACAAUAUCUCACGAGUGAGCGCAGCGAGCGAGUGAGAUAUUGUUUUUGACACGAGAACAUAAAAUCCAUAUCUACUCGCAACCGUCUAAUACUCGCAACCGUCUAAUAUCCUAUAUAUAUAUAUAUUAAUUUAUUAUAUUAAAUAUCGAUCAAUUAUAUACUCUACCUUGAAAUUUACAAGCUAACUAUUCCGAUAGCUGGAAUUGCCUAUACUAUAGAGAGCAAUAUACGAGUUAGUUCAUUCUGUUUAUGGUCUUUGUAUAAUUAUAUUAUUGUUAGUAAACCUGUAUGUGGUCUUAAGGAUAUAUGGAAAUAUUGUGAUCUGUAACUGUGACUUGCAAAAUUUCACUUCAAAACAUGUUCUCUUCUUAUGGUAAAAACACAAAAUAUAACGAUUGUUUUUUAUAGAGCUCGAUUAUCUAAAUAUGUUAAUUCUUGAGAAAUGUUUGAAAAUGGUAUAUCAACAAAAAUACGUUCACAUGUCAAAUUAUAUAUUUUUGUAAAGAUUGCAUGCUGAGAAAACUAUAAGGUUUGCAUGUUAUGAAAUGCUUGAGUUCAUAUAUACAACCUCAUGCAAGGCAUAAACUAGGAACUCUGUUCGAUCAAUGUUCCACCGUUAUAAAAUUAUAUAUCGAGAAAAAUAUCUAUAUAUUCUUCAAUAUAUAGGUAGUCACAAUAGUUCUUCAGACGAAAAAAAUUAUAUUGAGUACAGUUUGACUUGGCACAACUACGUCUAUGAGAAGAACUGACAACUUAAUCUGGCCUGAGCAUGGUUCUUUGAAGUAUUAUCUUUUGAAAUGUGUUUCACUUUCUGGCUUUUUGAAAUGAGUUGGUUCACGUUCUGCCUUUACGUUGCAAUCUUUCGACAGGUAAUGGUUAAUGGUGUAAUGCUUCUGUAUAUUUCGAAGCGAUACAGUCACCCUUCACUACAUAUCUCAGACUCUGGUUUGCCUUAUUCUGCUUGCCUAUUAUAGUUCAUACGUAUUCAGAAAGUCUAUAAUAUUUCCUGAGUGAAGAGUCUCCGCUUGUUCGAUGCUGAAGGGUCUCUCCGCUUGUUCGAUGCUGAAGAGUCUCCCCGCUUGUUCGAUGCUGAAGAGUCUCUCCGCUUGUUCGAUGCUGAAGAGUCUCUCCGCUUGUUCGAUGCUGAAGAUUUGACAAUUUUGCGCAACGAUAGAACAGCAAUAGACUACUCUUGAGAAUGAACACAACUAUAACUAAUUCUUGUGGAUUGUACACUAGUAACGCUACACGAAGGGCCAGGAAUAUACAACUGAAAACGAAUUGAGCGCGCCUGAUUCUUCUUUCUGAAAAGAUCGAUCCAUUUCUUAACUCGGGAAACCUUAUAUGAUAUAUUUCCAAGAAUGAAGGAACGUAGAACAUGAUUACAGCGAAGCAAAUCACAAUUUGAACCCACACUCUGUUGGUCGGAAUCAAUUUAUAUGCCACCAUCUCAAUGCCAUCGAAAAUAUAUAAUAACGCCGGGAAAUAUGGCAAUAUAGCUUUUCCCAAGUCUUUUUGAUCCCUAGUCGUGUAGGAGAUUGCUGCCAGUGGUAAAAGCGACAUGAAUAAUAUAAAUGUGAUUGUGUCAUAAUCGAGGGAGACAAUUAGACUGUCAUACAGUCCUAGGAAAAUUGUACAUAAAAUAAGACACAAGGAGGCAUACAAUAGCCACCAAUGUUCAUAUUCGCUGAAUUGUUCACCGAUGGCGAUGACUUUUUUCGCCUGAAUGUUCGUAAUAUAUGUCACCGGGACAACGAUAACGAUUAAACCUGAAAUCACUGCUAAAAUAAUGUUAGUCAAAGAUUCCUGUAGGGAAGUCUUCCCGGUAACUAUAUUGUGAAUCCAAAGGUAGACAACGAACGCCAUCAACAAUGCAUAUAAAACACCAGGAACAAUCACACGAUGUUUCAACGCCAUUUUUCUCUUGGUAUACUGCAAUCUCGUUCCCCGAGCCUGCGAUCCUCGGGAAGGAACGCGAGGCUCUGGGAUAAUCCGUUGCUGGAAGCCAGGAAUUGUGGCUAAGAUUGAACUACGCAUGCCAUUUCAACGGCCAAUCAGAUUCCUCCCUGAAACGGAUUAUCCCAGAGCCUCGCGUUUCUUCCCGAGGAUCGCAGGCUCGGGGAACGAGAUUGGGUAUACUGCGCUUGAGCCUAGUCCCUGUCGUUCUGAAGCAUAUGAAUAAAUCAAUGUAUAUAGAUCAGAGGAAGUUGUGACGUCACCGCUCUCGAUAUUUUCAAGAUGGCGGCGGAUUUUGACUCUAUAUUUCAGCAAUAUCCUUCGAAAAUUAGAAAACGUGUCAGCAAAGGUUUUGCCAAAUUUGCAGCACUAAGGAAAGUCUUAGCGCUUUUAAAUGGAGAGAUAUUUACACUGUGUUUUAUAGUGAAUUUAAGCUCAACUUCUAAUUAUUUGCUGUAAAUUUAUAUCAUACAUACAAAAUAUGAAAAUAAUGCUAUUUUAAAAAUAUAUAAUGGAAGCUAUUUAUAAUACUUAAAGUACUUGUUCAUCGACUCAGAAUGUGUCAAUAGUGAGGACUACAGUUAGCCUAUAGAAGCUUUUUCAAGCCCAAGUUUAUAUUUCAAUAUAUCUUCCGUCCUCUUGAUGACGUCUUUUGGCGGGAAAAUUCCGCUGGAUGGAUUUGAUGAUGUCAUUUGGCGGGAAAAUUCCGCUGGAUGUGGGGGGUUACCUACUACACGGGUAAAAAUUGAUCAGGUUGUUCAAACAGUAGCGAACAAUGUUGUGCUGCACCCCGUGAACAAUAUUGUUAACAAGUUGUUCCGAGUUGUUCAAUCAUCAAUAUUGUUGCAAGUUGAUAACAUGAUUGUCAACAAGUUGCAACAACGUUGAUGGUUCAACAACAUUGUUAACAAUAUUGUUCACGGGGUGCAGCACAACAUUGUUCGCUCCUGUUGUGAACAACUUGCAUCAACAUGAUGAUUUUUACGCGUGUAGCAACCUUUUAAAUGUAGAUCUGGCUGUUAAGAAACACAAAAUAAUAGUUAAAUAUUGUCAACUGAAAUACAAUUAUCAUUGCUGCUGUAAAAUUGACGCCAUAUUUGUACUGCAAUAUAAGCAAAACUUACUGAACUUCAGACAUCAUUUUCUCUUUGGCGUAUCAUCUAAAAUCUCUUCAUUUUAGUAUUAUUUUACAGAUAAAGGACUAAACAUACUUUGUAAGUUUGUUUGCCACUUGUGAAACGUAUCAAAAAUGUAAAAAUUUGAAUAUAGUUAUAAUCAAGUGGAAAGGUAUAUUCAUCAGUUUUGAGCGCGUGUUACGUAACAUACAAAAGAUUCUCCUCUUAAUAAGAGCGUGAUAGGACUGUACGGUAUACCGAUAUACCGAAAAUAUCGGUAUUAAAUCAAUAUCGGUAUAUCGAUACCGGAUAUUCAACCAUACCGAAAUUUCGAAUAUACUGGAAUUUUUCGGUAUACCGUGCUAACUUUACAAACUAUAUGGCGAAACCAUAACCUUUAUUUUACUACUGAAUGGCAAUUUAAAGAAUUUUCUACUGGAAUGAUUUAGAAUUUCCACUUCAGUGAGAUUUUACACUGAGUACGUGCAUGUCGUUCAGAACAUGUUCGAAACAGCUUCGAAAUUAUCGUUUUCCCUUUUAGAAUUACUCAAAAUUUUCUUCAAACUUCCAUUAAAGAAUUUUUCUUUAUAAUUAUCAAAGGAAAACCGGUGUACCGAUAAUAUCGGUAUAAUUUUUUCGGUAUACCGAUCCCGGAAAUUUCUCAUACCGAACAUUCCUAGCUCAGCGUGAGCUAUCUCUUAACCUAUGACAAUGUCUUUGUUUUUUUUUCAGUUUCCUGUGCAAUGAUAAUCAUGCUUUAUUUCUUGUCUACAUUGGUGAUAACUUUUGCUUGCACUGUUUUUAUGUGCUACAAAUAUGACACAGAUGUCCACGCUUUGCAUUCAUUCCUGUUGCAGAGGCUAAAAUAUUAUUAUUACUUUUAUUUUAACUCGUCAGUUCCUGGCGUGAAAUUCAUUUGAAGGUGUCCGGGCAGUUAGCGUUGAAAAGUUGUAUCGAUUUAAUUUAUUUUACAACUGUACAGUAAUUUAUUCUGUAUAUAUUUUUAAGCUAGAGUAGAGCGUUACGGUAUAAAGUUUUUGAAAUG